AUGAACAAGUUAGAAGAAAGAGCUCGCGAGUAUUAUGCAGACUCAUUUGACCACCUCGACAAUUAUCAAUUUGUAAAAAUGAUGCUAUAUGAUGCUUGCUUUGUUAUUGAGUUUCUUCUUGGUUUGUUUGAGUUUCGUGUUGUUGAGGAUAAACAUCAACAAUCACAUGUGGGUGAUGAAGUCAAAGUAUCAUGGAAGAGAAUACAGAUUUGCAAUGACUUGAUGUUACUUGAAAACCAACUUCCAUUCUUUGUUAUAUCUGAAUUUUAUGACAUGAGCUACGGCAUGAUAGUGACCCAAAAUCCAAACCAGAUUCAUCAUGAUCCUACCUUCACCCCCACCCUCACGAAGCUGGCAAUGUUACGUAUACUUGAGAAGCUACCAGGAGGGAUUGACUUUUCCAAAAUGGAUUUUGAAAAUAAGUCCAUCUCUGAAAGCAAGCAUUUUCUUGACUUGGUGCAUAAUGUUUGUCUUCCCUCCUGCUCUAGAGAUGAGUUAAAUGACCACCAAAACAAGAAUCAAAGAACUUGCUUUAAUAUGCCGUGUGUGACAGAGCUUAAGGACGCUGGUGUCAAGUUUGAGGCUAGAGAGGAGCGUAACCAAAGCAUGUUCGACAUACACUUCGACCAUGGUCAUUUUAAAAUACCAAAGUUUAAAGUCUCUGAUUCGACAGAAAUAUUCUUCCGCAACAUUAUUGCCUAUGAACAACAUUCCUCGGAUGACGAACCCAAAUAUUUCACCGAUUAUACGUCUUUCAUGGAUCAGCUUAUCAACUCCAAAGAAGACGUGAGCCAACUUGGUCGCCAUGAAGUUCUUGACCACUGGCUUGGUGACGACGAAAAGGUAGCACUUAUGUUCAAUAGCCUGGGUACAGGGGUGUUCAUUUCGGAGCAGUUCUACUAUGCUGAACAACGCAGAAAAGUGAAUGCUCAUUGCAGGAGAUGGUGGAACAGAUUGGUAGCUUCAUUGAAGCAUGAUUACUUCACAAAUAUAUGGGUCACUGUUGCCACUUUUGCAGCUGGUUUUCUCCUCCUCCUCACUCUCAUACAGACUGUCAUUGUCCUUAUUAUGAUUAUUACUUCGCCCCCGUCCUGA